UUGGAUCUAUCUGUUUACCCCGGAGCUCCUCUGAUAACGUAGAAACUAUGUCUGAUAAAACGGAGGUCAACCUGUCCGGAGUCAAAGAAAGUAAAGGCGUGUGGCUUGUAAAGGUUCCCAAGUAUUUAUCUCAGCAAUGGGACAAGGCCACAGAAAAGGGAGAAGUUGGAAAGAUUACCAUUGGAAAGAAACAAGGCAAAACAGAGGUACGUUUCAGCUUGAAUGCAGAGCUGUGUGCCCUGGGUGCUGUGGGGGAGAAGGAUGGAUCACUGCAGGUCCCAAGGGAUCAUCCCUUCACUAUGCACACAGUGGGUGGACAGACCAUGGCUGUCUUCAGCCAGAGUGACACAGAUGGAAUCAGUCUGGAGGGGACGGUGGUGCACCGAGCUGAAUGCAGACCGGUCGUCAAUGACAACUACAUGAAGCUGAAGAAGCUGCAGAUUAAAGAGUCCGCCAAGCCUCAGCGUUUGUCACAGCAGCUCGAGAGAGCCGUCACUACUGUCUUCAAGCCUGUGGCCAACCACGACUUCAAUGUGGACUAUGAGAAGAAGAAGAAGUCGGAGGGGAAGAUGGUGAGGGCUGAGCGGCAGGUCGUGUUGGACAUGCUGUUCUCCGCCUUUGAGAAGCACCAGUAUUACAACAUUAAGGACCUGGUGGACAUCACCAGACAACCUGUGACUUACCUGAAAGAAAUCAUGAGGGAAAUCGGGACGUACAACAGCAAGGGAGCUCACAAGAGCACUUGGGAACUGAAGCCAGAGUACCGACACUACCAGUCUGCCGAGGAGGAGGAGGAGAUGGAGACCACCUAGUCUCAUCGAAAUAAAGACAUCCUCUGCUGUCUGGAAAUUUCAACCGCACCAACGAAUCGGAGAAAAACAAAGAACGAAACGGCUGGAGACUCAUUUCCAGUCACGGUGCACCUUUCUAGUAGUGUUACUAUGGC